GAAGGAGGUCGAGGAGGAGGAGAAGGAGGGAAGAUGGCGGCCUGUCUUUCUUUCUUCGUGAAGGGCGAGGGCGGAGCAGAGGCCGGAGAGGCCGAGAGAGAGAGAGAGAGAGACUGAGAGAGAGAGGACGUGAGAGUUCUCUGGAGCCACCCCUGCCGUGAUGGGAAACGAACCAGCUUCUAGUCGAUAUUAAGGCAUUUGGAAACCAAAGUGCAGAAAGGAAACCACUCCUCUAGGAAAAAGGAUUCCUCUCAAGGGGCUGAUCCUGCUGAAUUCCUACAUUCACUUUGGAUUAUAGAGUAGAACCAUAGAGUCGGAAGAGACUGCAUGAGGCACCCAGUCCAGGCCUCUGCCGUGCAGGAAAAGCGCAAAGUACCCUUGACAGAUGUGCAUCUGGCCUCUGUUCAACGGAUUUCAAAGGAGCCUCCACUACAUUUUGAGGCAGAGAGUUCCACUGCUGAACAGCUCUUACAGUCAGGAAGUUCUUAAUGUUCAGAUGGAAUCUACUUUCCUGUAAUUUGAACCCACUGCUGUGAGUAAUCAGAAAGGGAAAAACAAGAAAUAAGUGUCCAUAUUGGAAUUAAAUGUACAUAGCACUGUUGACAUGGAGGAAAAAGCAUAUAAAUGUAUUGAAUGUGGAAAGAGCUUUAGUCAUCAUGGAAACCUGAAGAGACAUCAAAGGACUCACACUGGGGAGAAAUCCUAUAAAUGCCUGGAGUGUGGACAGAGCUUCACUCAGAGUUCAGGUCUACGUUCACAUCAAAGGACUCACACUGGGGAGAAACCCUAUAACUGUCUGGAGUGUGGACAGAGCUUCACUCAGAAGGGACACUUACAUACACAUCAAAGAACUCACACUGGGGAGAAACCCUAUAACUGCCUGGAGUGUGGACAGAGCUUCACUCAGAAGGGAAGCUUACAUACACAUCAAAGAACUCACACUGGGGAGAAACCCUAUAACUGCCUGGAGUGUGGACAGAGCUUUGCUCAUAGUUCAGCACUAUAUUCACAUCAAAGGACCCACACUGGGGAGAAACCCUAUAAAUGCCUGGAGUGUGGACAGAGCUUCACUCAGAAGGGACACUUACAUACACAUCAAAGAACUCACACUGGGGAGAAACCCUAUAACUGCCUGGAGUGUGGACAGAGCUUCACUCAGAAGGGACACUUACAUACACAUCAAAGAACUCACACUGGGGAGAAACCCUAUAACUGCCUGGAGUGUGGACAGAGCUUUGCUCAUAGUUCAGCACUAUAUUCACAUCAAAGGACCCACACUGGGGAGAAACCCUAUAAAUGCCUGGAGUGUGGACAGAGCUUCACUCAGAAGGGAAGCUUACAUACACAUCAAAGAACUCACACUGGGGAGAAACCCUAUAAAUGCCUGGAGUGUGGACAGAGCUUUGCUCGUAGUUCAGGUCUACGUUCACAUCAAAGGACCCACACUGGGGAGAAACCCUAUAAAUGCCUGGAGUGUGGACUGUGAUGAGUCAUGGGCCAUGUAGUCCCGUUCCUGGCACUGUUGUGCCAGAUGAAGAGGAAAACUUGGGUUUUUCACCGUCUCAGUCAGAAUUGGAACUUUCCCAGCCAGAUUUGGAAACCUUGCACCUGCAAGAGAUUUGUCUUCCAGAAGUCUGUCAAACAAGCCCUGAGCCUAAAUCUCCUACGUUUUCUCGCCAUGAGUUUUGUAAACAACAGAGGGGAGUUCGAGCGGCGUCUCGCAGGAGUGCUAGGAUAGCUGCUAAGCAUUCAGCUGAUUAAGCCUGCUUUCCAUGGGAAUCUUUAAGGAGUCAUGCAUCUGGACUCAGAGAAUAGCUUUCGUUUCUGGUUCUCCAGAGAACUGCUCUUUGGUGGGAAAACUAGACCCUAUUUAGGUGUUUUGCCCACGAAGGGAUCUUGCGGAGUCAAUUCGUCAGCUACUGGAGUAGGUUGUGUGUGGACAGCGCUACUCCUGUUUCCAAGCCUUCGCUCCUGUUUCCAAGCCUUCGCUCCUGUUUCCAAGCCUUCGUUCCCGUUUCCAGCCUUGUUUACCUCCACGGAUCUUGCCUUGUUUCCUAGGACUCAGCCUUGUUUUUCCAGGACUCAGCCUUGCCUUGUUUUCCGGAUUUUGCCAAGUAAUUCCACGGAUCUUGUCCUUGCUCCUCGUUCCUUGUUGCCUUGUAUCAAGCCUUGUUUCAAGUUACUCCAUAGCCUCGCUCAAGUUUCAUGGAC